GCUCCAUCCUUGGCGACAAACGCUGGUUGUUUGCGGCAGUGCUUGCUUCUUGUUGCUUGUUGUUUGCACUGACAAGAAGAGAGGGAAAGAGGCGCAAGUCGCCUGCAUUCAACGUCCUCAACCGACUGCCUGCGACUGGGAGGCGACGAGUGACCAUCAGCCAUGCCCAGCAUUGCCACGUACCUUCGUGUUCGUCCAACCAAGAAACCCACAGAGGACUUGGAGGUGACCGAAGAUGAACCCGACGUGUUCAAGGUCAAAGUCGCAGCGGAUGCCCUGACAAAAGGCCAGGGUCAAGGUGGCGGCCAGAUUGAAUAUCGGUUCAAGUUUGCAAAGAUCUUUCCGCAAGAGACAACGCAAGAUGAUGUGUUUGAGACUGUUGGGCGGAAAGUGUGCGAUCGCUUCCUGGAAGGAUACAACUGCACCAUCUUCGCCUAUGGCCAGACGGGCUCAGGGAAGACAUUUACGAUUGAGGGCUCGUCCAAGUCGUUCAACGAUCGCGGUCUCCUGCCGCGCUGCCUCGCAUACAUCUACCAGCACCUCAGAGACCAGAGUGCGGAGGAGCCGCAGGUGGAGGUGACAUAUCUCGAGAUCUACAACGACACCGCAUACGAUCUACUCAACUCCGCAUCCGGCGCAAACGCCCGCCUGCCAAAGGUUGCUGUGAGCGACCGGGGAACGUCUGUGCGUGUGCACAACUUGAGUGUGCACGCCGCGCCUACAGAGGAUGUCGCACAGAACCUCGUCUUCAUGGGGCGGGCCAACAGGACGGUUGCGGCGACCACGAUGAACCUGACAUCGUCGCGAUCUCACUCGCUCUUCACCAUCGCAAUUGCAUUCAAGCGCCCAAACUCAGACACCCUCAUCAAGGCAAAGUUGAAUCUGGUUGAUCUGGCCGGGUCAGAGCGCGUUGCGAAAUCGCACGCGGCGGGACAGCAGUUGAAGGAAGCGAAACACAUCAACCUCUCCCUCCACUACCUCGAAGCCGUCAUCAUUGCCCUCCAACACAAGCACGCCAAGCGGCACGUGCCGUACCGCAACUCGCUGCUGACAAAACUUCUCCGCGACAGCCUGGGCGGCAACUGCCUCACUGCCAUGAUUGCCACCGUCUCAGCGACGCCAACCAACAGGGCGGAGACCAUAUCCACGUGCCGGUUUGCACAGCGCGUUGCGCUUGUCGACAACAACGCCCGCAGGAACGAAGUCCUCGAUGACAAGACCAUCAUCAAGCGGCUGCGGCGGCGUGUUGCUGAGCUGCAGGCCGAGCUGACGAUUGCGCAGGAAGUGGCGCGCGAGGCGAAGAAAAGCGGAGGAGAUGAGGAGGAAGAGGACGAUGGACAGCCGGUCGACCGCUCACGGUGUGCCCAGCUGAUGAAGCAGUAUGUCAAUGGGAAGCUGCGUGACCCUCUGGCUGCUGUUCCCCAGGCGCGGGCGCUGCGCUACUGCUUUGAGGUCCUCCGAUCCAUCGUUCUCCAGCAGAGACAGGACCUCGAGCAACUGCAGCAGGAUGUGGAGGAUGGGAUGAAGAGCAAGGAACAGCUGCGCAAUCUCAAGCAGAAGUUUGGCGUCGCAAGGGCUCGGAUGCGCAACAUGGAGUCGAGCCUGGUGAAACCAAGCGGUUACGGCCGCAGCCCGCGCAAAUCGAAAUCAAAGCAGCACCAGCAGCGUGCACAGGUGCCAGGCAGCACCAGCAGCAGUGGCGGCCGUGGCGGUGGCGGUGGAUCGACGAGGAGUUCUCAAACGCGCAGGCGACAGGAUGGCCAGCAAGGCUCACGGUCCUCACAGCGCGGUGGCGGUGGUGCUUCGAAACGAAGCAAAGUGAAAACACACAUCCACGACACCCAGCAGCCGCGGCGGCGCAAGAAAAAGCCGAAGAAAGGCGUAAACCGCUCGCGGGCGCAGAAGACGCUCAUCCUCAUUGGGCGGAAGGAACAAGAACUCAUGUAUGCUCUGGAGGACAUGACGGACAAGCUUGAGCAGCAGCGGCAGGUUGUGUCGUACUGCGACCGGUAUGCGCCCCACCGGCUGCUGGCAGAGAAGAUGCGGGAAAAGGAGUUGGAGGAGGACCAGGCGCAGGUGGCCGCGCAGCUCAUCGAGAUACAGAACGGCCGGCUCGAACUCGAAGACGCUCUUGGCCUCACAUUCGACGACCUCGCCGCCGCAGAGGAACCGCCCACCCGCGCCAAGUCCUCCGUGACGCAAUCCACGUCCAGCCUGCAUGCAAGCACGAGCAUGCAGCGUAGCCGCACAUUCAGCGGCGUCGGCGUCGACGCAUCACAACAGCAGCAGCAGCAGCCAAAUGUGCAGGUGACGGAGGAGGAUGCGCGACUGCACGAGCUGCGAUCGAAGGAAGAGGCGACGCGGCGACGACUGGCGUCACUCAAGCAAGAGCUCAUGCGGGAGUCAACAAACACCACCAGCAUGGCAUCCAGCAUUUCGACAGCGGCGAUAUCAAAGUCGGCAUCGUCAUCAUCAGUGCCGCUUGCGUCGACGCGACGAGUGGAAGGAAACACACGCGCGCGCCCCGCAAUGCGAGAGGACCCACGACAGCAACACCAACAACACCAACACCAAAGGCAAGACCGACACCACCACCAGCAACAAUCAACGCAUCCGCAACAGCUGCAGCGUGAGAUGACGAUUGCACCAAGCGUGGACAGAAACCACCCGCUCAUCCGCUCAGCGCCCAACUCCGCAACGCAGUCCACAAAGGAACGGCGGUCUGAUCGCGGCGGUGGCAAUGGCACUGGCACUGGUGGCAGUGGCAACUCAUCGGCGUACAUGACAAGUCUGCAGAAGCAGCGGGAUCGGGUGCAGCGCAUUCGGCGCGCGAUUGUGGCGGCGGAGGUGAUUCAGCGCGCAUGGAGGCGAUACAGGGCAAGGAAACACGCGCGCAGAUAACAUGUGUAUGUCUGUGUGUAUGUCUGUGUGUGUGUGUGUGUGUGUGUCUGUGUCUGCGUGUGUCUGCGUGUGUCUGUGUGUGUGUGUGCGUGUGUGCACCUGUGCGUACACCUGGUUUGAAGGUACAGCGUGCUUGAGCUUGGUAUGAGGCAACGAAUAAAUGACUGGAACCAUGUGGCGUUGCUUAUAUGCU